GUAUAUUUUUUAUGUUUUGUAGAAGUAGUGUCACCCCUUUCGCUGGCGCACGUGGAGCAGCCCAGAACGGACCAUUUCCCAACCAUACCCCUGUACAAUUAAAUUAGAGGUGGACGUUAUUCUAACAGCCGGAGACACUAAUUAUCAAGUGACAUCAUGGUAAAUAUUCAAUCAAUAUCGGACACUGAAAACAUUCACACAACUGUCAACUUUGUUUCAAGUUGCUGUCUGAAAACAACAACAGCAUUUUUAUUUCGAGGUUGAAUACUUUGUGGGAGACUCGGAUCAGCCUCAAUCUAAAGUUGCUCGAACAUUUUUUAUUUAUUUAAAAGCAGCAUUUUAGGAGGUCUGUAUAUGGCUUUUUUGUUCUCAGUAAUAUUCCUUUUUUGUAUAUGAUUAUUAUACAUAGACACAGGUUACAUAUAGCCUACAAUAAAUAAUACAGGUGUGACCAAGGUGGAUUAUUUAUAGGCCCGAGGGUCCCCACAUGAUGAUCCCACCGUGGUAAUAUCACCGCCCACCCGGUCCUGCUACCCCCCUCUCAACCUCAGAUACCCCCCUCCCCUCUGCAUGCAACCAGGCGCAGUCAGGAGCCUCGUUGCGACAGUGGACGGUUGUCAAACAAACCAGCCUCUUCUGGGAAUGGGACCACAAAUCAGAAGCGAGACAAACUUUGCCUUCUUUCGAGGGUUUCCACUCAGAAGACACGUCUUCGUCCAAAGGGAAUAAACUUUUCCACUGAGCAGAAGAGAAGGAGGAACAGGUGGAAGAAAAACCCCACAUGGGAUAAAUAGGGGUAUUGUUUCCCCCCCCCCUCCUUGCCAUACAGGCAUGAAGGCUGUAUCUAUUUUACUUAGAUCCAUUUUUAAAGUUGGGUGUUUCAGAAUAGAGCUAUUGACUUUUAUAGGAAUUCAUGAGAUGCUUUAAACGGAGGUGUGCAGAUCCUGUAGGCUACACAGGCUCUAUCCUAGAAUAAAGCAACGGAAGUCUUUUGUUAUAAAAAAAAGGCACACAUUUCUAAAGGUCCGUCUCAGGGGCCCCGGUGUAUGGGGCCAAACGGUGUCGGAGGGCGCACAGAGGUUUUACUGGUUUGCAUCUGAGUUGCAAUGGCAAAGUGGUUCAAGGAGUUCCCCAUCAAUCUGAAGAACGGUACCGACAGGAUCCGCUCAGCCUCCGAAUCGGGCUCCCAGCCGAGGGCCAGCAAAAGCGGGCUGGUGGCGAGCAUCGGCACCAGGACCACGGGCUCCAAACCGGGCCACCGCAAAGACCCCUGCGCAGACGGCGCGGGCGCGGGAGUCGGCUCCCUCCUGUCCGGGAGGAACCGAAAGAACUCCGCCGCGGAGUUGAGCCGCACCGGCGGCAGCUCCCCGAAAGACGGCAACGUGUGGGACAGCCUCCUGUCGGGCAUGAGCCGCAAACACCACAAGGCGGAGCCGGUGUUCGAGGAGCAGCACCGGCCGCCGAAGAUCUCCCCGUCCGCCAGCGCCUACAUCAACCGGCUGAUCCGACUGGACAAACAGGACAAGGGGCCCAACGUCACCGGCGGGGCCGGCGGCUGUCAGCCGGCGGCCGACGCAGAGAAACCGGCCCCGUGCAAAGCAGAACCAGUGAUAAUUCUUGAGGAUUAUGCAGAUCCGUUUGAUGCUCAGAAGACCAGAGAGCAAAGGGAGGCGGAGAGGGUCGGGGAGAAUGACGGUUACAUGGAGCCUUAUGAUGCCCAGCAGAUGAUUACCGAGAUCAGACGUCGGGGGUCCAAGGACCUGCUGAAGGUCUGUGUGCUGGUGGAGGGGAGUGCGGGGAUGGCGGAGGAAGGCCAGUCUGCGCCCCUACAGAUCUAUGACGUCCCAUAUGAGGGGAGUGGUGAUGGGGACAGGACAGUGGCCACGCGGCCGGAGCUCGAUCCACGUCCCACCACUGAGUACGAGCUGCCUUGGGAAUGGAAGAAGGAACACAUUGUCAGAACUCUUUCAGCACAGUUUGACAGCCCAGAGCCGCGCCCGGCCAAAGAUGAGACGCCUCACCCGACACUCACCAGGCAGCCGCAGCAUCCGCCCACCCAGCCACUGUCUCAGCAUCAGCAUCUGAGGCAGAAAAGCUGGACCCAGAAGAUCCUGCGGUCCUCGCCCCCGACCCUGUCGCCUUCCUCCGCCCCGGGCAGCGGCCCCGACACCGAGGCCUGCUGUGUGGACCCCUCACUGCCCCUGGAAAGACAGAGCUGGUACCACGGCUGUGUGACUCGCCAGGAGGCCGAGUGUCGGCUGCAGUCCUGCAAAGAGGCCAGCUUCCUGGUCCGGAACAGCGAGUCGGACAACAGCAAGUACUCCAUCGCCCUCAAGACGAGCCAAGGCUGUGUUCAUAUCAUUGUUGCCCAGACCAAGGAGAACGGCUACACCCUGGACCAGAGCAGCUGCGUGUUCCCCAGCAUCCCAGAGGUGGUGCACCAUUACUGCGCUCAGCGUCUGCCUUUCAACGGCGCCGAGCACAUGACUCUGCUGCACCCAGUGCCUCGCAUCCACUGACUCCGCCCAAGUCCGCAUUAGGUAUACAAAACAAACACACCUCUUGGCCUGCUGGGACCAAAUGUGAGCAAACAUCGGUCACGACCACGAUGAAGCUCAAUGUGUACUUUUAUUGCCGUGUCCUUCGCACCAAAAAAAAAUAAGGUUAAUGCAAGUCUAUAUAAUGUCUGUGUGUGUGUGUGUGUGUGUGUGUGUGUGUGUGUGUGUGUGUGUGUGUGUGUGUGUGUGUGUGUGUGUGUGUGUGUGUGUGUGUGUGUGUGUGUGUGUGUGUGUGUGUGUGUGUGUGUGUGUGUGUGUGUGUGUGUGUGUGUGUGUGUGUGUGUGUGUGUGUGUGUGUGUGUGUUUUUAAUUUUAUACAUAAUUUCAUGUGUGAUCAUCAAGAAAUGUUUGCAGCUCACUCACUGUAUCCUGAAAUUCUGGAUGGCUUCUUCAUUCUUUAUUCUACUUUGAUGCAAAACGCCCAGGCUGCUGCUUUGCAUGUGAUCAGGUGGGAGGCUCAGCGGAGAUGCCGAGGCACUCUGAUUGAUUAAAUGCGACUUGGAGCUGGGUUUUGAAAGCGACUCCGACAUAGAUGUGAUGUUUUGAUUGUGCACCGUGGCUCUAUUAAAAGAUACUCGCGCUAUAUUUUUUAUUAUUAUCAUUAUUGUCACAAAGUUAAAUUUAUCAUGAAGCAGGAAGUACUGUAGACAUGGAGAAACGUUUGUGACUCUCUCUCCCUCUCUGGUGGAUGUGCUGGUACACUGCACCAACACAAAGAAGUCUUUUCCUCGAAGUUCCCAGUUGGAAAAAACCCAUGCACAUAAGCGUAUUGGUUCCACUUCUCAAGAUAUGAACAAAUAUCAGCUAUUUUAUCUUUCAUGCUUGCAGCCGAUUUCUAAUUUAUGCCCCUACACUUGUUAGUUCUCUGUAACCUCUGGCCCCCUUGAGGUUUUUCCUCUGCUUGACUGUGAAUGAGGGAGUUGUUUCUUAACGCAUUAUCUCCACUGUGAAGAGUGAGUGAUUCACCCUGACGCAAUGUGCUUGAAGGAGGAAUGACCGAACAAUAGUUGGCGCUUUUUUGGGGGGACAAGAACUGAGACUGUGGUUUCACUGUGUUUUCCUGCUAGGGGAUAUAUGACGAGAUACAACAUUGUUAAACCCAAUGUCGAACUUUUGCAUGAUUUACAGACACGAGUACAAGAAAUGAAGAGAUAUUGGAAUAAUGGAGACAAAGAAAAAUGAUUUGAAUCCAGUGUCAGCAUAAAAGAAAUAUUGUUGGUGUAAUGCCCCCAGGAGGCAGAACAGCAAAAUCGCAGGUGGUAUCUGUUUUAUAUUCACUGUCUUAUUUUCCUUUGUAUAUUUGAAAAUGUGCUGGAAUUCAUUUGGGCAACUGGUCUGCUACACGGCCCUGAUUUUAAGCCAGAAGUGCUAUAAAAUAAAAAAUGCUGUCUCAUA